AUGGAUGUCUCUCUGCCACCUGUUGAAACUCCGCUGCCUGCAAUUGACGUGCAUCAACCAUCAGGGAGGGGCCCCCCACAAGAGCCAUGCCUCUCGAACGAUUAUGGAUCUGAAGCAAACGACGCGUUUCCGAAUGCCCUUGCUCUCGACGCUGCCACGGCUCCCACCCGGGGCAAUUAUGUACGAAAGGCCUCUAGACAAAUAAUGGGAUUGAUUCUUGGGAGCAAGAGCAGCCCAAGCCCUGCUGAUCGGGCCUCUCUCCCGAGAGAAGAUAAACAACAUGUCGAGGAUGCAACAAGCGGCAAGCAAGAUGCCGAGCGCAUCGCAGUUAUUCCAAGCCGGCCCACUUCACCUCCAUCAUCAGUCAAUCGUUCGAGACCGCAGGAGCGUGUUUCUGUUGCGAGAAAGCUAAGUAAGCUCAUGGGGUUCGACAGAGCUCGAACUCCAGGAGCGAAGUCAUCUAACGUGCCUGAAGAUGCGGCGGCUUCACUUGUCGACUGGAAGCCCCAUGAAAAGAUAUCGAAGAUGUUGGGUUAUCGACCAAGAGGGUACGGGCAACCGUUCACGAAUAGAUAUACGUUGGGUGAGGUGCUGGGCAAGGGGGGCUUUGGAGUGGUACGAGAAGGCACGCACAAGCCAGAUGGGGAGGUACUCGCUGUGAAGGUGGUAUCGCGGGAUGCAGUCAAAGAUAUGGACUCCUUGGCACAGGAGGUGGAUAUUCUUCGACGUCUUGACCACCAUCAAGUCGUAAGGUUUAUUGACUUCUAUGAGGAACCUCAGACCUUUUUCCUGGUCCUUGAGAAAAUCCCGGGAGGCGAGUUGUUCGAUCGGAUUGUGGCGGAAGGGAAGUUCACGGAGGAGAGCGCGAGGGCUUACAUGCGGUCCCUACUUGAGGCGCUAGCCUAUUGCCACUCACAGAAAAUCGCGCACCGUGACAUCAAGCCGGAGAAUAUUUUAUUGGCCAGCCUCGAUGCCAAAGAUCGCACCGUUAAAGAAACAGUUGUCGCUCUCAACACGUUGAAGUGA